AUGGAGGAUCAGACGAGUUUCACGUUUGAGAUAGAUAACUUCUCCGACAAGGAAGCUGUGAUAUUUUCACCAAAAUUCUCAAGCGGUGGUUGCGAAUGGUAUUUUAGGGUUCAUCCUAAAGGAGAUAUUGUUGAUGAUCACUUGUCUCUGUUCCUAUGUGUUGAGAAUCCUGAAUCACUGAGACUUGGAUGGAAAAGACGAGCUAGUUAUUCCUUGGCACUGUUGAAUCAAUCAGGCAAAGAGCUCUACAGAAAAGAUGAAUCAUGCCAGUUGUUCUGCGCUCAGUUUACAUCAUGGGGUAAGGCAAAGACAUUGCCUCUUAAAAAGCUUCAAGAAGAAGGGUUUCUAGAGAAGAACAAACUGAUAGUUAGAGUGGAAGUAAAAGUAAUUGAAGUUGUUGAUCAAGGAGAUGCCACUGCGAAUGAGACGUUUGAUUAUAAUGGUUUCCGAGUUCUUUAUUCUCAGGUUAUUUCAGUGAGCAAUCUUUUCACGAAACACCCGGACAUUGCAGCAAACUUGAGUUUUAAGAACCAACUGCUGAAGACAAGUUGCAUGAAUAUCCUCCUCGGUCUCAUCCAGACACUGGAAAAGACUCCACAUAGCAUCUCUGAGACUGAGCUAGUGAUGUUAAUAUGGGUCUGA